AUGAAGUCAUGUCUCCACAAUGACUUCAUCGACGAAUGCGCACUGAUUGUUGGUCGAUCAGAGGUGUCUACUUUUCUAACUUGGCAGAAGGGUUCGAAUGGGUCGGAAGGGACGGAUUACGUAUUAAAUCAGAAGUAUGUUCUAGAAGAAAUGGAUGUUUCGGUUGUUUCGGGAGAACGGUGUGUUGGUUUCAAAUUGGAUGGUGUCACAGCGCUGCCAAGCAGGUUGGCUAUCACUCCUGCGGCAGCCGAACAACCAACCAACCAAGCUGCAAGAUGGGAUGAAUAA